ACUGCUUAGGCCUAUGUAACGUACCUACUACGGCCGCCUCGAACAUUGUAUAUAUUAUAAUUUUCGUUAUUAUCGUUCGUGCGACGGUUUCGGGUAGACGUACGCGGUGCAUAGGCAUAUUGUAGGUAUAGUAUAAUAUCUAACAGGCAGUGCAGUUGCAACAGUAUUUUAUUUCAUAUAGGUAUCCCGUCAGCCUAAUAUUAUUAUUUUCUUGCUAAUAAAAUAUAUUAUAGUCAGCCGUGUAUUUUAUUAUUGAAUAAUAGCUAGCGUGAAAAAAUAUUAUACACAUUUGUAAAGUUAGAAAUCAUACGAGUAAAAUAUUCGCGCGGCGACAACAUCAUGUCCAACUCUAAUGAGAUAGAGAAAAAUUUUGAAACACUCAAGGAUCUGUCCACCACCAUGAGCAAAGCAUUUGAACAACUCGAACAGCAGCAGUCCAAAUUGGAAAAGAACAAUAAGAGGCUCAACGACACCAACGAUAUGUUGCUUGAAAUGACCAAGAAACAGCGAUUGAUGGUAGGCUCGUCGGAACCAUCAAGAGAAGAAAUUACAAACAGAUUCCGUGUAUCAAUUUACAAGAAACUUGCUGCACUUGAAAAACAACUAUUGCAAAAUCAAACAGCAUUCACAGACGACAUCAAUUUUGAUGACAAGGAUCCUAAAAAAAUGUUGAAAUUGAAAGUCCAAAUUCACUCAUUAAUAGAGGAAAACAGAUCCUUGAGAGACCAACUUUCAGAUUUUCAAGAUUUGUAUGAUCGGGUUAUGGCUGAAAUCCGAUCUGCGAACUCGAAGACUGCUAGUAGUCAAACUACUAAUAAUCAACAACAAGGAAAUAGUGCAAUGUACGCCUCUCCUACUACCACUAGCUCACUUGACCAAGAUGAUUUGCAACCACUUCAGGUAAACGUUAUUGACAGUGAUGUAGACGGAUUGAAGGAUAAGUAAAGGAAAAAAUGUUCAAAAUAUGAUAAGAAUAGUUUUAUAUUAAGUUAUGAAUUUCUUUUCUUUUUAAUAAUUAGAAUGCUUAUAAAAACAAAAUAUUUUCAUUAUAUUAAGUUACAAAAAACUAUUCAUAUACAUUGAUCAUUUUUGAUAUUUUUUACAUCCGUGAGUUAUAAGAUAUAUACUUACUUAAUUUAAGUAGUCGAGUGGACUUUUAGUACCUUAAUAAAUAAGUUGUAUUCUUUUUUUUUUUUAAAUUUUUUAUCAUCUUUGUUCAAACAUAUAUUAAAUGUAUUUUUAAUAACUAUUUGUAUCAACUAAAUAUUAAAAUAUGUAUUUAUAUUUGAAAAAAUUAAUAAAACAUAAUACAAUUCAGUUUUAAGAAA